AUGCUCCAACUCCAUAUCUUAACUCAGCUCCGAAGAUUGUCCAGACUCAAAUCUUAUAGAAUUGCCACUCGAGGACCAUUUGUUCAAAGAAAUUGCAUUUACAGGCAGUUCCAUCUCACAUCAACUUCAUCUGCAAAAUUUGAUAGCAAGACGACAACAUUCAAGGAAGAACCGACUUAUGAUCAGAAAGCUGAUGAUUUGUUGCUAGAAUUGAACAACAUAUAUAAGGAUAGGAUCAUUGGAACCAAAUUGAAACGGAAGAGGCUAACUGAGAAGGUCCUGGAUGUAGUAAGAAGCCUGCCGGAUGGAGUGUUUAAACCAGUAACUAUUCCAUUCAUGUCUAAAGUUAUCAACUUUUUGGGUCCCUCUCAGUUUGAUUACGAAGAAUUAAUAUCAGUUUUACAGGCUGUAGUUUCUGGGUUGGACUCAACUAAUGUCAGAACCUGCCAAUACAUUCCAAUUUUUUGUAACGAAUUGGUAAACUGGGAGAGUUUCAAAAAGGACCCACUUGUCAGGUUACAAGUAGUUGAGAUAUUUAUCAAUUAUAUUACGCUAUCAACCAACCGGACACUACUUCACAAGUACUUAGACUCCCUUGAUUCAGUGGAUAGUAAUGAUCUAGUGAGGAUUACGUUGGAAGCGUUCAAGACACGAGCUCCAGACUCAAAGACCAUGGUAAAAUUGGCUGAACUGAGUGAUUUCAAAGACAACUUGAUUUUGAAUGAGAUAUUGAUAAAAUUUUUAGAGGCUUGUGACUUGGAACUGGGAAAGAAUACUCAACUUGAGGAUAGCAUCCUUGCAUUCUUAGGUAUUAUUGACUCGAAGUGUAGAAAUGACUUCUCUGCCUACGUCAAUGUUCUUUAUUUUUGCUCAAAAAAUAAUUUGAACUCUUUGGCUAAAACAACGUUAGGGAAAAUUGAAUCAAUGCCGAAUAAUAAAGUCAUUUUUGAAUCUUUAUCACCGGAGGACACUAACGUUUUCAUUCUAGUGGCUACCAGAUAUUCUUUCAUACCUUUGGCCAAAAGGGCAAUCGAGCUUCAUAAGUUCAACGCUGGGGAUUCAAAUGACUGCAUUACGACGUCAAUUCAGACACUACUUCAAGGUGAGCCUAUGGAAAGUCUAGUUGCUAAGUUGGAGCAACAAAUUAAAAGUUUGGAGAAUGACGAAUCUGAAGAAGCUUAUCAUCUGCAGUCAGUUGAAUCAUACAACAAGAUUUUGGAGGCAGUAUUAAACUUGAAUAAAUCUGAGGAGUACAUUGUAGAGUUAACAAAUUGGUGGAAAACCGAGCACGGAUUGGAACGUAACUCUGAUAGUUUUGCCCUUUUAAUUUCUAAAUCUCUAGACCAAAAUGACUACCAUAAGGGUUUGAAAUAUUUUGAAGAAAGUCUGGACGAAUAUGUUCAUUGGGGUGUUGAUGAAGAAGGAAUAAACAUGACUCACCUCUACAGAUUGUUAUCAAUGUAUCUCAUGGAAUCUUCUGAUGCCAUUGGUGAAAAGUUCACGAUUUUUCAAAAAGUGAAAAGUUUCGGCCAUAGGCUGGACAAGGAGACACUAGCGGUUAUGGCUAAGCUGAUGCUAAACCAAGCUUACAUUGGAGAUCUUAUCGAACUCUUAGAAAGAGAACUACCGCCUUUUGAAAAUCCCAAGAGUGAUCGCUAUCAAGUUUUUCAAUAUUCCUCGUUGUACAACCUACUAAUGGACUUUGUGUUGACCUACGAAAAAGAUUCUGAGAUAAAUUGGUUGGUUUAUGGACAGAUACAAAAGUAUUUCCACGUUCCACAGGAAUCAUAUAUUCCAGUAAUGAAAUUUUUCUGUGAGCAUGAGCGCCCUAAUGCAGCUUAUUUGAUCUUUCAUACCAUGAGAAGCUUGCACAAGAAGAAAGGGCUGGAUCCCCCAACGGAGGAAAUCUACACAUAUUUAUUUUCAGAGUUUGGUAAGCAGUUAUACGAAGAAGGCGUUUUCAAAUUGCAUUUGUUCUUGAAAAUGGACCAAAAGGUGAACGUUGACAUCAACAUGUUGAAUUCAAUUCUUGAAGGCUAUGUCAAUUUACAAGAUAUAUUGAAAGCUCGUGACGUGUUCAACAACGCACUUUCUUUACCAAAAGAGAAAGGUAUAAAUGAAACUACCAUCAACUUGAUGCUGAAGACUAAUACUUAUAUCUCUCUUCAGCACACAAAAAACUUUUGGAAUAAUUUAUCCCAGAUUGACUACACACCAACAGCUAGCAACUUAAAGCAGUAUCUAAUUGCUCAUUGUUAUCAUGGCAAGUAUUCUGAGGCUUUGGAAGUUUUGCAGACUUCAAGAAGCUAUGGAGAUUUCGAAAUUGACUCAGGCUUGCUAGCCACUGUUUACAAUUGGACAUUGUCACCCAAGGCCCGCUUGCAGUUGAAAAAAUGGGCCGAAAGUGAGUUUCCGCAAUUAUGGAAGCAGGUCGAGUCUCGUAAUUUGAUCCAAGAAAACACGGAGUUACCCACAUUGAUUGAUGUUCAUAAGAAUAUAAGAUCUAUAGAGUGA